AUGGCUUCUGGAAAUGUAUUGACGUCACCACGAUUCAUUCCAUCAACUCGUUUCACUUUAGGUCCACUUGUUUCAUUUGCACUUUUUACUCAAUACGCACAACGAGUUAGUUUAGCUAUGGGUAUUGUUUGUAUGGUUAAUAGAACAAAUAUAAAUACAGCAUCAAGCAUAACAUCAUAUUCUAUUCAAACUCAUAACAGAACAAUAAAAAUACCAACUAAAUAUGGAUCUCAAUAUCUUGAAGAUAAACAAUUUGUUUUAAGUGAAUCUCAACAACAAAUUUUACUUGGUGCUCAUUUUUUUGGAUAUCUUCUUACUCUAGCACCUGGUGGGUAG